CACCCCAACCCCGGCUCCGCCCCGCCCCGCCCCGCCGCCAGAGCAGCCCCAGGUUCCUGUAAAUCCCGGGCGCUUCUGCACCCUCCCGGACCUAUCAGCUUGGUUUCCACUGUCGCCUGACUUUCAUCCCCAAGACCCAGAAUCUCGAGAGAUGGCUGCUCAGUGUGUCACGAAGGUGGAGCUGAAUGUUUCCUGUGACAAUCUCUUGGAUAAAGAUGUAGCAUCAAAAUCAGACCCGUUAUGUGUUUUAUUUUUGAACACGAGUGGUCAACAGUGGUAUGAGGUUGAGCGCACAGAAAGGAUUAAGAAUUGCUUGAGUCCCAAAUUUUCUAAGACAUUUAUUAUUGAUUACUACUUUGAAGUGGUUCAGAAAUUGAAAUUUGGGAUUUAUGAUAUUGACAACAAAACUAUCGAACUGAGUGAUGACGACUUCUUAGGAGAAUGUGAAUGUACCCUUGGACAAAUUGUUUCCAGUAAGAAGCUAACUAGACCACUGUUACUUAAAAAUGGCAAACCUGCAGGGAAAGGGAGCAUUACGAUUUCAGCAGAAGAAAUAAAGGAUAAUAGAGUGGUCUUGUUUGAAAUGGAAGCCAGAAAACUGGAUAACAAGGAUCUAUUUGGAAAAUCAGACCCAUACCUGGAGUUUCACAAGCAGACAUCUGAUGGAAACUGGCUGAUGGUUCAUCGAACAGAGGUUAUUAAAAAUAACCUGAAUCCUGCUUGGAAGCCUUUCAAAAUUUCUCUUAACUCCCUGUGCUAUGGAGAUAUGGACAAAACCAUUAAGGUAGAAUGUUAUGAUUAUGACAAUGAUGGAUCACAUGAUCUCAUUGGAACAUUUCAAACGACCAUGACAAAACUGAAAGAAGCCUCCAGAAGCUCACCUGUUGAAUACGAAUGCAUAAAUGAAAAAAAGAGGCAAAAGAAAAAAAGCUAUAAGAAUUCAGGUGUUAUCAGCGUGAAACACUGUGAGAUUACAGUAGAAUGUACGUUCCUUGACUACAUCAUGGGAGGAUGUCAGCUGAAUUUUACUGUGGGAGUGGAUUUCACUGGCUCCAAUGGUGACCCAAGGUCUCCGGACUCCCUCCAUUUCAUCAGCCCCAAUGGUGUCAAUGAGUAUUUGACUGCUAUCUGGUCUGUGGGACUGGUCAUUCAAGAUUAUGAUGCUGAUAAGAUGUUUCCAGCUUUUGGUUUUGGAGCUCAGAUACCACCUCAGUGGCAGGUAUCACAUGAAUUUCCAAUAAACUUUAAUCCAUCCAAUCCCUACUGUAAUGGAAUCGAAGGCAUCAUAGAGGCUUAUCGCACCUGUCUUCCUCAGAUAAAACUCUAUGGACCAACUAAUUUUUCUCCAAUCAUAAAUCAUGUGGCUAGGUUCGCAGCUGCAGCCACACAACAGAAGACAGCUUCUCAAUAUUUUGUGCUCUUGAUUAUUACUGAUGGUGUCAUCACAGACCUUGAUGAAACCAGGCAAGCUAUAGUUAAUGCUGCCAAGCUGCCUAUGUCCAUCAUCAUCGUUGGAGUCGGAGGAGCUGACUUCAGUGCCAUGGAGUUUCUGGAUGGUGAUGGGGGACCUCUUCGCUCCCCAUCUGGUGAGAUGGCCAUCAGAGAUAUUGUCCAGUUUGUGCCUUUCAGACAGUUCCAGAACGCUCCAAAAGAAGCACUUGCCCAGUGUGUUUUGGCGGAGGUUCCCCAGCAGGUGGUGGGCUACUUCAACACUUACAAGCUCCUUCCUCCCAAGAAUCCAGCCAUGAAAUAAAAGGAGCUAGCUUCGACCACUUAAGCAGAAUUCUUAUGCUAAAAGGAACAAUGCCAUUUCUUACACACAAUCAUGUAUCUGCUACUUUAUGUACUUUUACCCCAGCAUUCAUGAUGUAAAACUAGUUCUAUUUGAAUUAUAUCUGUUUAAAGAGUAGUUUUUAUACUUUUUGAGGGAGACAGUGCCAAGUCCAUGUUUGCCCAAUCAAUUCAGUGAUUGCUAGUGAUUUACAAUAAUUGCAGUUAGGCCUAUUUGGGUUAGAACCUUGUGUGGGGAAAGCUGAUUUUUUGUUGUUUACUUUUAUAUAAUAAAAUUGCCAUUUAUAAAUGUUUGUCAGUAGAAAGAGUGAAAAAUUGUUGGGAUGAUGUGAUUUUUCAGGUGGCUGUACUUUGUUCACAGUAAAUGUUUUACAGGUCAAUGUCUAUAACUAUUGAUUGAGAAAGCUUCUUAAAUUAGACAAUAUUGAAUUUGUUUCUGUGGAUCUCUAUUCAGUCUUUUUCCACUGGGCAAAAACUACCUUUACAGUUCACCAGAUUUGUGCUACAGUUUAGACACUGCACAAUUUACAAAACAGCAUGUACUCUCAUAGGACUUCAUGAAAAGGAAAAGUACAUACUCAAUUUUUAAAAUAUACAAUCAACAAGAAGAACCUCAUAUGAGUAAGCCAUUUUUAUUUGCUUUUCUAGAUUUUUUUCAUUGUGGAAUACUGUAAAUGUGCUCAGAUUUGGCCUUUCUUUUCAUUGAUUGAAUAUGAUGCUCAGGACUCCGUAAAUGCAUAGUUACAGGUUGUCCCAUAUCUACAUUGUUAGAUUAUUUUAAUCUGAGAUUUGCUAAAUAGGUUAGUAUUGCUUUGUCCAGAAAAGGUAUGAGGACCAAACAUAUAAGGUAAAAAUUCAGAAUUCCAUUUCCUUCUGAUGAAAGAUUUUACUUAUUAAAGAAAAAAUGAAAAUGAAAUUUUUUACUUUCCUUGCUAAGGUCAUAUACAUUGAUUUAUACAGAUUUAUUUAGGCAUUUUCUCCUUUUGUUAAGUAGCAUUUUUGUUUGAUUUCUAAAGUCAUGAUAGCAGUUAUCUAUUAUUGAAAUCACAUUUUAAUAAUGUAUUAUUUCCUAAAUCCAAAAUAUAUGCCAUUAAGUAUAAUAGCAGAUAUAACUUUAAAAAAAAGAAAAGAAAAAAAAUCCCUUUCCACUACUACAUUAGGAUAGAGUGGACUUAAUGAGCUUUUUGUUUGUUUGUUUGUUUGUUUGUUUUAAAGAAUAAUUUAGUUUCCUGGUGAUUGCCCUUCAGAACAUAUUACUAGGUAAGCAUUACAUUUUCAGAAACAAAUUCAGUAACAUUUGAUGGAGGACUUAUGUGCCAAGCAUUGUGCAUAGCUCUGUGUUGGCCAAUUAAUAAUUUAUCAUUUAUAAUUGUGUGUUUACCAUUAAGUGGAUGUACACAGCAACAUGUAGACCUGCCUCUCAGUGUCACUGAAAAUCCGCACCACAGCUCACGGCCUUUAUUCUCUUCAACAUCUAAAGGAGGUGAGCUGUCAGCUGUGAACAGCUUUGGCUUCUCAGAAACGGCUCACUGCCAAGGUCUGGCUCAGAAGGGAGCUACUUGUUGUCAUGGUUGCUUAGCCAGGUGAGCAGUCACCGCUCUUCCCUUGGCUAUCUGGGCCCCGGGUAUAUGCUGAUAACUUGAAGGUACCUAUCUAGUAGGCUUCCACUCCGUGGGACAGUUCAAUAGUCAAUAAGUGAUUUCAGCAUUGUCAAUAGAGGAGAAAGAAUUGAUCAUUCUUUCUUGUUUUGGAGUCUUUGUUGUCUCAGAGGUCCUAAUUUCAGUUAGGAAACAGCAUAGAUAUGCUUGUGUGCUUGGAAACAGCAUAAAUAUGUUGCUAUGGUUUUUAGAUUUUUCUUUUUAUAUAUAGGAAGUCUUUUAAAUAUUGACUUAUACAGUUUCUCAGUGUGUGGGUGAGGUGAACAGGUAGGAGAGGAGCCUCUCUGAGUGCCCUGGGCCUGCUCCUCAUGCUCCUUCCUUAACCACAUCCUCAGUAGCCCUGGAGUCACCUGCACAGGCCACUUGGUAACCUCUGGUCACAAGCAGCCAUUAUUUUCAUGGGACAAGUGGAAGUCACCACUGUCAGGUUGAUUUGGUCAUCAUAAUUUUUUUAUUCUGGUUCCACCAGAAUUGUUCCCUUUAGAAAAUAUUUUUCUUUAUUGAUUCUUGAUCAGUUUAAUUGUAGAUGUGUUAUUCAUAAGGGCUAUGAUUUCAGCAAAUAAAGGUAAUUGGUACCUUUCUUCAGUUUGAAAUAAAAGUAUUUACAGUUUCUGAAUUAUCAUGGUAUAAAAUCCUUACCAUUUGAACAUUCACAUGCUGUUUGGAUAUUGUUUUAUAUUAAAAUAGUCCUUUUCCCUGUUGUGCCACCAUUCAUUCAGAUACCCUCCAUUCUUUAAAUGUAUUUAAAGAAAAAAAUAACCAAAUGGACUUUCACAUCUCAUGUAAUCAAGUAUAUUACAAAUGUAUAUUAAAGUGACAGUUCCUGGGAAUACAUACUAUUUCUCAUGCACUUAGCAAGAAAGUAGUAUACCCACUAGCCUCGUCACCUCACCUUGUGAUUAGAAUGGAAAUUGUAAGAACAUUAAAAAUUUAAAGUCUGAUCAGGGAUUUACAACUGUUCACUCUGGGUAGUGCUUUAGGCAGCCUUUCCAAAGUUAAUUCAGGGCCCCAUUGCUGCUUAUGCUGUAUUUUUUUUUUUUUCAAUCUUUUGUCUUUUUCAUUUUGUAAAUUUCCUAGAAAGCCAUCUUCAAUCAGUCUCAUCUAGUCUGUACUUUAUCAUGGAAAUGUCAUAGAAGGUAGCCAGAAGUUUGGUAGAAAUUGGGAGAGACUAUUUUGCAUUUAUAUGGAUGUCCUAUGUGAUAGUAUGUAUAUAACUUACUAAUAUAUGAAUUGAUGUUAAAUGUAUCUUCUAUAUGAAUUCACUUUGGAUAAAGUUACUUCUUGAUGUGACAAAAUAGUGUCUUGUUUUUAUUUUUAUUCUUUCUCUACAUAUUAUCAAAAAAAUAGAAAAGCUAGAAAUAAAGUAUCUUAAUCCAUCUUCUGCUGCUAUAACAAAAUACCACAGGCUGGGUCAUUAAUAAAUAAUAGAGGUGGGAAGCUCAAGAGCCUAACACCUACAUCUGGCAAGGAUCUCUGUGGAACAUGGUGGAAGGGCAAGUGAGCACAUGUGAGACAGAGGUUUUUUGUUGUUGAAGUUGUUGUUUUAAAUCAGGAAACCACAUCCACAUUAACUAAUUCACUUCUGCAAUUGCAGCAUUAAUCCAUCCAUGAGGGAAGAGUCCUCCUGAUCUAAGUUUCUCUCUGUCAGUAGUGUUACACUGGCAAUUAAAUUUCAAAAGAUUUUUGUAGGGAACAUUCAAACCAUUGAAUAAAAUGGAUAUGGUAUUUUUUUCGGUGGCCUGUAUAUCAUAGUUUACUAAAUUAAACAUUUUUGGGGAUGUCAUUAUUUAUGACAUUUAUUUGUUUAAAAGUAUCAAAUGGGUUCAAUAUACUUUUCUAGGUACAAUAAAGGAAAGUUUCAUAGCUCAUUGCUAGGAUAACCUGACAUAUAUAAUACAUUUUAUUAUUUAUGUUAAGUAGGAUGGCAUGUUCACAUAACUUUUUAAAAUUUUAAAAAUUAUUUCUCUUAUUUUGCAAAAUUUAAAAUUAGUCCUUGGGGCUGGGGUUGUGGCUCAGCGGUAGAGCGCUCACCUAGUGUGUUCGAGGCCCUGUGUUUGUUCCUCAGCACUACAUAAAAAUAGAUAAAAAAAAUAAAACUAUUAAAAAAUAAAAAUAAAAUUACUCCUUAUUUUGCGAAAUUUAAAAUUACUUAAUUUAGACAAGGCUUUGCAAAUGCAGUGGGAUUCCAUGAAGCAAUCACAGUUACUGCCUUCAUAGAAAUGAUAGUCUGAGUAAUUAUUAAAGUAGUUAGACAUGAGGCCAGUGUGUGAGAAGCAUGUAGUAGGGAGGACUCAAACCCAUCUGGGAGGCAAGGAACUUUGCCACAAAGCUAAGGCCUGAAAGUUAGUUGGUGAAAGAGUUAAAAGCACUUAUGAAGGGAUCAUGUCUACAGCAUGAAUAUUCUAGAAAUGGAAAGAAAUUUGAGUUUGCUGGAAUGUAAAGUGUGAGGGGGCCCAAGUGCGGUGGCACAUGCUUGUAAUUCCAGCGGUUUGGGAGGCUGGGGCAGGAAGAUCACAUGUUCAAAGCCAGGCUCAGCAAAAGCAAGGUGCUAAGUAACUCAGUGAGACCCUGUCUCUAAAUAAAACACAAAAAUAGGGCUGGGAAUGUGCUGCAGCUGGACUGCGGCAGAUGGUGGCCCGUUACGGGGAGCCCCGGACACUGGGGGUAAGUGACGAAAAAAGCUGCCCGUCCAUAGAUAGGACUGGAGCAAAUCUGCUCAUCCCUAGGCAGAUAGGGCAAGAGGAAAAAUGACCAUUUCAAGAAAAUGGAGAAGAUUGAUACAGUAUGUUUGUAUCUUGUUUUGUCUCAGUGUAUUGUAUUGUCUUUGUGAUGAAAAUAUGGAAGGGAUGAGAAGUAAAUUACUAAGGGAAGAAGACACCCCAGUGGAACCAAGAAUAGUUAGGGCAUGUGUUGAUGGAAGCCCAGGAACUCUAGUCAGAAAGAAAAAGAAAGUUCAGAAGAAGAAAGAUUAUCAGGAAAAAAGUUGCAGCAAAAGGCUACUACUGAAUACUUUUCGUUACCGGAGGGUGCGUGAAUCGGUGCAGCGGCUGCCGAGUGUGCAAGCCGGUCACAGCGCAGCAAGGAUUUUCCAAGAGGCGGCGGCGACUGGCCCUUCCCCGCCUCCUGGCCGGGGAGCUGGCUCUUCCACUGCCGCGAGCCCAAAUCUAGACCUGACCUGGAGGCACAGUCUCGCAGGCUCUUGCUCCCUGUGCCCAGUAGCAGUUUGAGUCCGGGACACUCCCCAGGGCCAUCUGGGGCUGCCCAGGACGCUACAGCUGAUGUUUGGUCAUUUUCAAUGCCAAUAACUAAGCUACAAUGGUUCUCCCACACCUGGAGGCUGAUGAGUAAUAAGCGCCAUUAAGGCCUAUUUCAAAUGUAAAAAACCUUGAGAUAAUGUACUAAAUUGUUCAGAAGGUUGUUUUCUUAGUAGAAUGCUACAGGAUUUUCUUUAGCCAUCCGGAGUUCCUGCCUUCGUCCCAGUGCCAGUAAAGACCAAGGUGGAAGAAUUUCCAGUGUUGCUGAAAACUGGAGGAGACUUCGGAGCUAUUGCUGUUUCUGCUGCUACAACUUAAGCUAGCUGCCUGCAGAACUUACCUGGACUGUGAUUUAAGCUAGAUGCCUGCAGAACUUACCUGGACUGUGAUUUAAGCUAGCUGCCUACAGAACUUACCUGGACUAUGAUUUACCUGGACUGUGAGUUAAUCUAUUGAGACACUGCUUUCUGGAAUGAGACAACAAACUGUAAUCUACAACAAAUUGUAACUCGGUAUCUUUGCUAAUGGUGUCAUUGCUGGUAUAAUUUUUCCAAGGGCUUCUUGCAUGGAGCCAUCAAGUGGCUUGGUAUUGUGGCAUUUUGUAUCCUCCCUUUCUGUUUGUAGCAGGUUAUUUAUGGUGUUUCUGUAAAAACCACUAUGGUCAUUAUUUAAAUUAAACAAAAGAGGGAAAUGUUAGAGUCUGUAAACAAGUCAAAAAUAACACCUGGCAUUUUGCCAGGGGAAUGUUAGAGUUCGUAAACAAGUCUGGAUGGUGCCUGGCAAAAUGCCAGAGGGAGUGGUUUGAGAAGUAACAAAAGCGAGCCAUUAAGUGUGGAGAUUCCUUAUUGGUUGACUGAUGUAUCUAGUUUAUGCUAAUUAGAUAAGCUGUGUGGAAUGUAUAAAUACUGCUCCUGUCCUGCAAUAAAUGGCUCCCACUCCUGCUGUA